ACAUGACCAUCAACAUCUAUUCUCCUCUCCUCCCAUGGCUGACGGCAGCGGCGGCUGGGCUGGUCUCCCCCUGGAUGUCUUCUCCCUCAUCUUCUCCAAACUCUCCCUUCCUCAAUUUCUCCGCUCGGCCGCCGUCUGUGGUUCGUGGUCGGCUGCCGUCCGCGAUCUGUCCACGCGCGGAAGCUACUUUAAGUUCCGCGGGCAGAGCCCCUGGCUCGUGCUUAACGACAAUCCCCGCGGCGACCCAUCCGCCAUCACUUUCUACGCCUUGGACGAGCGAAGGGAGUACACCGUCCUGGUCCCGGAGCCUCCCAUAAGCGACCGACUCUUUAUCGGCUCCGCUCACGGUUGGGUCAUGACGAUCGACGUCCGCCUCCGGGUGCAACUGCUGAACCCGAUCACCGGCGCGCAGAUCGACCUCCCCCGCGUCCUCCCCUCCGAGGACACCCAUCCCAUCCGCGACACUGCAGGGCGCCUAAUCGGCUUCAGGAUGCCGAAAACAGUGAGGGAAGAGCAUCAGCUCAAAGCAAUUCUUUCUGCUGAUCCGUCGCUCGGAGAUGGCUACACCGUCGCGCUCAUCCAAUAUUCUUACAGGAGAAUCUUUUUUACCCGCUCCGGCGACGAGAAAUGGUUCGAGCUAAGGAAAUCCAUUUUAGUUGAAAAUAUGGUCUUUCAUAAAGGUAAACUGUAUAUGAGCACACUUUCAGAAGUGUAUGUUUGUGAUCUCGACGAGGCCCAAAUUGAACAUGGCGAAAUGCCCAGAUUUAGAGUGGUCGAUCGAGCACUACAUCCUUACGACCUACACUACUUGCUUGAGACUCCUCGAGGGGAUCUUUUGAGUAUUUGGAGGGAGAGAAAUCAAAAUCUUUCCAAGACCAUGUCUGUCAAGGUUCACAGGGUGAUAGAUGAUGAGGAGAGGCCAAGUAAAAGACUAGAAAAAACGAUGGACUUGGGAGAGGAGUUUAUUAUCUCCUUAGGCGACAGCAGGGUGGUGGUGGAUAAUGAGAGUCUAAGUAUCAGAGUAGAAGCCAAGGACUUGGGAGACUUGAUCAUCUUCAUCUUCUUAGGCGGCGGCGACGCACUUUGCCUUUCUGCUUGUGAUUUUCCACAUUUGAAGCCUCAUUCUAUAUAUUUUACAGAUGACAAUACAGAUGACGAUAUAAUUUCAAAUCGAUUCCUUUACUAUCUGCAAAAUCAAAUAUUUUCUGCUUUCCUUCUGCCAAUGUACCUUCGGCCAAUGUUUUCGGAACGAAAUUGGUUCAGAAAAAUUCUGAAUUGUGGGAUUUCCUUUAGCAUCGACAAGACUUCCGUCAGAUUAUAUUGGCAGCCUCCCUCAAGCUCCAUUAAUUAGAAGACAUUACGAGCAAACAUUCGAUUGAUGAUGCUACAAAUCUUCAUUCCACGAGAGCAUUUGGUUAAAGAUCAUCAGAUGAAAGUUUUAAGCCGUCAACAUUUGGAAAAGUUUUUCAUGCACCACACUUGUAUUUAUGUUCAGAGAAGAAUGAAUCACAAUGAGAGGACACUGGGUAAUAUGAUCAGUACGAGAGAUAAUGUUGAGGUGGGCAUUGAAUAGUGCAUCCUGGCCUAGAGAAGAGAACCCACCACCACUGCACACUGCACUUCCAGUUAUGUUCAUGAAUCACCAUCACUCCAUCAGCUAGCUGAUAUUGUGAUUCCUUGUUUUUUGGUAACGUUGCACCUGUGUUAUUCUAUAUUUUCCUAUGUUUGUUUUGGUGUCCUGUCAUAAUUUGAACAAAUUUUAAAGUUUCCCAUUUGUGAUGCUCAUCGUAUUGUUAACCUA